AUGUUUGAUAAGUUCGAUCUGAGUGGCUUUGUUGGAAAGCAUCUAAUCUACACUUACGACAAUGGAUGGAAUUACGAAUUUUAUGUGAAGAAUGCGAGCACCUUGGAUUACCGUAUUCAUAGUGGAAUAGUGGGCAAUAGGUGGGUGAAAGAUCAGGUUGUUGACAUUGCGCGUGUUGGUCAAAGUAUCUACAAAAUUUCAUGGACGGAGCCCACUGGCACUGAUGUCAGCCUGAUAGCGAAUCUGGGUGAUAAACUAUUCCACGGUACGAUCUUUUUCCCCCGUUGGAUCAUCAACAACCCAGAGAAGACAGUGUGCUUCCAAAACGAUCAUAUUACCGAGAUGGAAACCUUACGCGAAGCCGGACCGGCAUACCCAACAGAAGUGAUCAAUGAGUUCGCCACAAUCACCUUUAUCCGCGACUGUGGCGAAGACAACGAUUCCGUGAUAACGUGUGCUGCAAAAGACCUGCCACCCAAUUAUCCCGCAAACCUCUAG